AUGAAAUUUCACGCUAGGCAAGCCACAAAUAAAACCCAUCGUUCUGGUCCUCAUAUUUUAGCUAAAAUCGAAGCGAAUCAAAUGAAUUGUUCCAUUUAUGAUAGUGCUGAAGAAGUUGUUAAUUCUCAACCAUUUUAUGUUCAUAUUUACAAAGGACCUUUAUCUAGUGUGACCACAGUCCAUUACGAAAAUAAAAAUCCAGAUAAAUUAUGGCUUAUUGAAAACAGAAAAGAGGCUAUAGAUAUCUUUUGUUUAACAUCCUUGCGAUCACUCACAUUAUCUAAUUCAAAUAUUCAAUUUACACCGGAUAUUCAAUAUUUAAAAAAUUUAAACGAAUUAAUAAUUAGAAACGAUAAUGGACGUAUUGGUGAAUAUUUUCCUGUGGAAUUUGAUCAAUUACCCUUAAGUCAUAUGAACUUAUCGAAUUUAUUAUCGUUAAAAGCAUUACCCGAUGGAUUUGGUAGAAAAUUAGAAAUUUUAAUGUUAUCAAAAAUACCAAAUCUUGAAUAUUUACCAGAAAAUUUAUUUAGCUUAAAAUCAUUAUUUAUUGAACAAUGUCCUAAAUUAACUUAUUUGCCAUCAACAAUUGUAGCUGCAUCCAAUUUACGUGAGCUAACAAUCACACGAUCAGGUUUAUUAAAUAUUGAAUUAAACAAUUUUCAAGAGUUCAGCUAUGUGACUUUCUCAUCCAAUCCCAAUCUUACAUUAGUUUCUUUGAUUAAUAUGAAUAUACAUGGCAAUGUGGAUUUAUCUAAGAAUGAUCAAUUAUCAGUUGUUAUAAUUAGAAAUUUUACACGACUUUCAUUAAAUAUAAACUCUUUGCCUAGUUUACAAGUUUUAAUGUUAGAAGAUAUAUCCUCAUUAUUGUCAUUAGAUUUAUCUAAGAAUCCAAGUUUAACUGAUAUGACAUUUAAUAAUAUAAAAGAUUUAUUGAGUUUAGAUAUGAGCCAAUGUCAAUUGUUUGAAUUUCCCAUGGAAAUUUUAAAAUUUGGAUCUUCGUUACAACAAUUAGAUUUAAGUGGCAAUAAAUUAUCAUCAUUACCAGAUAUAUUUUCAUCAAUGCUUUCUGGUUUAAAAAGAUUAUAUUUAAGCGGCAACCGACUGAAUAAUUUAGCUAUAACAACACCAUUGUUUCAUUUGGAAGAAUUAAAAUUAAAUAAUAAUACGUUAAGAUCCUUGAGUGGUAUUCACAAACAUACAGCAUUACGGUACUUAAUACUAGAUCAUAAUUAUAUUGAAGAAAUUCCAUUAGAAAUGAUAAAAUUACAGGAGUUAGUAACCUUAAGUAUUUCAAAUAAUCGACUGAGAACAAUUCCAUAUCGUAUAACUAAUCUUCGAAAGUUGACAUCCAUCAAUAUCAAGCUUAAUCCAUAUAUGAGCCGAGAUGAAUCACUGACAAUUAAAGCUGAAUUCAUGUUAAUACGUCCAUCGAUUCGAUUUGACAGUGAUUAUUGA